AUGCGCACGUACGUCAUGCACCCGGAGUGGCGCGAGGCGUACCUCCACACCGCCGAGAGGGCCCUGGGUCCCACCGGCGUCCUGCGCAAGUUCCACCCCGGCUUCCUCGGGUUCUGGAUCACGAACACGGGGGGCGACGUGAACGAGGUGAUCCACCUGUACCACUACGCCGACUACGACGAACGCGAGGCGGUGCGCUGGCGCAUGAGCCGCGACAGCGAGUGGGGCGGGUUCGACAUCGAGACCCGGCCGAUGAUUAAAUCGCACAGGAGCGAGAUCUUCCUGCCGGCGACCAAGGCGCUUUCGGCCGCGGGCGUCGACGACGCGCUGGAGCGAUUAAAAAAGAUGGCUGACGUCUCCCGAGUCGGAACCCGAGACCCUGGGGUGUACGAACUGCGAACGUACCAACUCGAGCUCGGGUACAGCCCGAUCCCGAAGCUCAUCGACGAGAUGGCGACGGGGUUGCCCAGUAAGCUGAGGUCGGACGCAGCGGGGCUGGGUGAGCUGGCGUGGAUGGGGUACAGCGACGUGGGCAAGUUGAACCAGUUCGUCGAGCUGUGGAGGUAUCCCAGCUUCCAGGAUCACAUCAGGGUGAGGGAGGCGGCGAGGGGCGCGGCGGAGUGGAGAGAGUGCAUCGGGAGGAUCGCUCCAAUGGUGCAGAUGUUCGACACGCGACUCGUCAAGCCGGCGACGUUCUCGCCCAUGCAGUGA